UUUCAGAUAAUUGUUUAGCUGUCAAAAAGAUGUCGUGACUGUAAUCUACACAUUUUUACAGACAACUCAGCGGCGGCAGCGAAAUAAAAAAAAAAAACAAUAAAUAUGACAAAGACAAGAUAGUCAAAAUGGCGGCACAAGAUCGAGAUUGGGUGGCGGACUAUUUUGAAAAUAGAACGAAAUUAGUGAGAGAUGAAGAAUUCGACAGAAUCAACAAUUACACUUAUUUCGACAACCAAACGAUUAUUCCGGAAUAUUCUAAUUUUACAACGGACGAUUAUUGCAGUUCAAAUCAUUCACACGUUUAUUUGAAUGUCACAUGUGAAUUUCCAAUCAAUUACGCGGAGCCUAUGUAUGGCUACAUCGCUCCAUUCCUCUUAGCUACAACGACAGUCGCUAACACCCUUAUCGUGGUGGUCCUGUCACGCCGCCACAUGCGUACGCCCACCAAUGUGGUGCUAAUGGCUAUGGCCCUGUGCGACAUGUUCACGAUGUUGUUCCCGGCACCUUGGCUGUUCUACAUGUACACAUUCGGGAAUCAUUACAAGCCACUGAGUCCUGUGCGGGCGUGUCAGCUCUGGAAUUAUAUGAACGAGGUAAUACCUGCCAUGUUUCACACUGCCAGCAUCUGGCUGACAUUGGCCCUUGCUGUCCAGAGGUACAUCUACGUGUGUCACGCACCAGUCGCUCGAACUUGGUGCACCAUGCCCCGCGUGAUGAAAUGCCUCAUCUACAUCGGCAUAGCGGCCUUUCUCCACCAGCUCCCAAGGUUCUUCGACCGCCAGUACGUCCCCCAUGUUACUUUCUGGAGGGGACACUUUGAAGAAGUCUGCCGGAUGCAAAUGGCGCCGUGGGUUCAAACCUUAUCAAUGGACGCCUAUUUCAUCUCGUACUUCGGUUUCCGAGUGCUCUUCGUCCAUCUGAUCCCCUGCACAUCCUUGGUCGUCCUCAACGUCCUCCUCUUCAGGGCAAUGAGAACAGCGCAGAUAAACAGACAAAAACUUUUCAAGGAAAACAGAAAGUCCGAGUGCAAGAAAUUGAGAGAUUCAAAUUGCACAACGUUGAUGCUUAUUGUGGUCGUAACCGUCUUCCUAUUGGUCGAAAUUCCUGUCGCUGUAGUUACUAUAUUACACAUUAUAUCUAGUACCAUAGUCGAAAUUUUGGACUACCAUAUCGCCAACAUACUAAUUUUGAUCACCAAUUUCUUCAUCAUAGUUUCCUAUCCGAUCAACUUUGCAAUAUACUGCGGUAUGUCGCGACAGUUCAGGGAGACUUUCAAAGAGUUGUUUAUUAGGGGAGCUGUUACUAGUAGGAAAAAUGGCGGAUCUAGUAGAUAUUCCCUCGUCAACGGGCCUAGGACUUGCACUAAUGAAACUGUACUUUAAAUACGUGAUUCGUGAGCUAUGUGCAAUGGGAUUCGGAAAUUAACUGUCAAAUCAGGUUUUUUUUAUAUUUUUCAGUUUUUAUUUGAGAAAAUACGUUUAAAAACACCUAAAUGAAAAAGUACCUAAAAAAAAUUGAACAGUCAAAGACUUUCUUUUUUUGAAAACCUGUAUUUAUUUACCGAAUCAAAAUUAAAAAAGAAUUGUAUAAUAAUCUGUACGGAUAAGUAAUAAAAUUGUAAAUAUAUAUUUUAUAAUAAUGCAACUUUCUUUUUUAGAUGGCCUAUUUGUAUAAUUGUAGACAUAUCAAUGUUUUUGAUAUAUUUGUGAAAGUCUUAUUUAAAAAAAAAAAGUAGUUGACGGCUUUUUAAUUUUUUUAAUAAGAUACUUUUUUGACGGCCGUGUGAUCACCUGAUCUAAAAAUGUAAAUUGAAGGUAUACAUAUAUAUAAAAUAUAUAACUAUUAUAUUUAUUUAUUUGGUGUUUCUAUAUACAAUAAUAUGAAAAUUAAAUUGAUGAGCUGGUCACAAGGCCUGUAAAUGGCGAGCCCCCAUUUGAAAAAGUAUCUAAUAAAAAUGUUUCUGUAAAUAAAAAUUAUAUAAUAAAUGUGUUUUUAUUUUAGUUUACCUAGAAAUACAGAAUUUUUUUGUAAAUAAAAUAAACGAAUUGUGUAAAACUAAAUUAGUUUGAUGUGUAAAAAAAUAUGUAGUCAAUCAGAGUUACUAAUGUUUAAAUUUAAUUUGUUAUAGGGUAAAAUGUUUAUAUAUAUAUUAUUUAUACAUAAUUUAUAAUAAAUGGAUUUCUAGACAAGGCAACAAAGAAUAUUCAAUGCUUUUUGUUAUAUUAAUUAGAAAAUGUAUGCAUUUUUUAAAUCUGUGACUUGGACCAUGGCGAAUCAAAUA